AUGAAGGAAACCGCCGGAAGGCCGAAGAGCCAGGCGGAAGAUGAGAAGGCAGAAGAGACGAGAAAGUCAGAGACUGAGGGCAGCGAGAGGAACGCGGAGAGCAUGGAGGGAGUGUCUGAAGACAAGAAGGAGCCUGAAGAGCUAAGCCGGGGAGAUGGGCGCAUGGGAGACGAACGCGAAGAGGACGUGCCACAGGAAAGCGGAGAUAAGGAUCAAGCAGAUCACCACGAGCCUGGCCACGAAGAUGACGAGAGAGACGAAGGCCCUAAGCGAGGUGAUCCAGCCGCGGGGGGAGCAUUCGUUCGUCAUCGCGGAGAAACCGACCCACACCACGACGACCGCGGCGACCAAGGCUGCAGUUCUGAUGAACGAGAGUGCGACGAUCGUCGCGAUGAAGAUGACGACGAAGAUAGUCCUGAUGAUGGCCACGAUCAUGACGAUGACGACCCCUCUGAUAGCGAUGGCGAUGAUGGUGAUGACGAUGACGAUGGUGACCAUGAUGACGACGAAGAUGAUGACAGUGACGAUGAUGGCGAUCACGGUGACGGCCACGAAGAUCAUGAUCAUGACGGCAGAUACGAACACUACGGUCCUGCUGAUGAGCGCGAUCGCGAGGCAGAACUCGAUCAUGAUUGCGACGACGAGGGGGAUCUUCCGUGGGAUGAACACGACCCCGACAGUGACGACGGCUAUGAGGACGACAGUGAUCACGACCGCGACGAUGAAGGUCAUGAUCAUCGCGAUGAUGCAUAUCGUGACUCUGGGGAAGAAGACGACUAUUCCCUUGCGCGCGACGGCGCCCGCCGCCCAGACGAAGACUCACGCGAAGCCACGAGCCCGGGAGGCGAAAGGCGAGAAGCGCCGCGACCCCCAGAGGACCGGGCAAGCGAACGAGAACGAGGGGUUCCUGACGCUCAAACGCAAAAACGAGAGCCCACUCUCCACGGGGCGAGAGGCGACGACGCGUUCCGCGGUCGGAGCGAAGCUGAAAAAGAGCUCGCCUCCUUCGCUGAGUCGCAUCUCGGGUUUCUUCCCCCUUCGUUGCCUCCGGAUUUCGCGGACGGGGCUCCACGCGAGGCGGAGCUUCUCGCUGAGUUUCUGGGCGGAAACCGCACGGAGACCCGCGGCCGAUGGUGGCCUGGUCUCGUUCGGCACUUCUUCAGGCGCCCUCCUCCUGGCACUGUGUUUGACUUCGCCGAGCGCUCUGCGCCUCCGCACUAUUUCCCUGCCUUCGUCGCGGCGGUUCCUGCGUUCUCUCCCUACGCCUCUCACCCCGAGGCACUUCGCGCGGCUUUCUACGCUUACGUCGCUCCCUCCGCCCUUCCCAGUUGGCUUCUGGACUCGCGCGCGGGAGAUCGUGAACGCGAAACCGACGGCUUCCUCGUUUCAAAAGAGGAAGAAAUUCUCGUGCGUCAGAGGGGCCCUCUCGCGAAGCGAGAAGCUCGGGCAAACCUUGAUGCAGACAGCACGGCCGCUGAAGACAGCGCAGCUGGCUGGACCGAAGAAGCGGAAGGGGAUGCGGGACACGCGAAUAGCAAACGGUUUGCUCACGAGGUGCAAAAAGCGGCCCGCGCCGGCACUACGAUGUCACCUUCCGUCAAAGAUGAGCCUGAAGGCGGAAAGGAGGCCGCCUUCGAAGACGUCUCUCCCUCUCAGCGUCGGCGACACCCCAGUCAGCCUCCGCCUCGGUACUACUACCCGAUCCCCGUGUACCCGACCCCCGUGUAUCCCGUCCCCUCGCCUCGCCCGCCCUCCUAUCCGUCGCCAUCCUAUCCGUCGCCAUCCUAUCCGCCGCCAUCCUAUCCGCCGCCAUCCUAUCCGCCGCCAUCCUAUCCGUCGCCAUCCUAUCCGCCGCCAUCCUAUCCGCCGCCUUCGCAUUAUCCGCCGUCCUAUCCUCCGCCGCACCACCAGCCGCUUACGCCGGUGCCUCUGCCGGAGCUGCCGCCGACGCGGGCCCCCUGCCCCUGGUGCCCCAGGGACCCGCCCGACGAGUGGGGUUGGGGCCUCGAGGCCCAGGAGGCGAGGGGCUAG